AAGCAUGAUUGCGCACAGCGUCAUGGAGUUCUCAACAGUUUCCCAGAACAUAGGCUCAACUAUCUUAGAUUGUGCUCCUCGUGUUUAGCAAGGUAGUCCAAAAUUGAAGUCAGUGCAUCAGCCAUUGACAUCUUCAUUCUACCCAGAAAAAAGGCCUCAAUAAUUUACUUUCACUAUACUCGUAUUUUUGUAAUACACUCCGAAAGUCUUGGCACGCUAUGGGUUGCUCUUCAUCCCUUCCGGAGAGGAAUUCUAAUCAAUUGGGUCGAGCGAAUUCGGAGAAUGGUGGAGGGCAGGACGCCAAGAAUCUACGUGUGAAGCUUGUUCUGCUAGGUGAUUCUGGUGUUGGUAAAAGCUGUAUUGUCCUUAGGUUUGUCCGUGGCCAGUUUGAUCCGACAUCCAAGGUAACUGUUGGAGCUUCAUUUUUGUCACAAACAAUAGCUUUGCAAGACUCUACCACAGUCAAGUUUGAAAUAUGGGACACUGCAGGUCAAGAAAGGUAUGCCUCACUGGCACCAUUGUAUUAUAGAGGUGCAGCAGUUGCUGUUGUUGUUUAUGACAUAACCAGUCCAGAAUCAUUCGACAAAGCACAGUACUGGGUUAAGGAGUUACAAAAGCAUGGAAGCUCCGACAUAGUUUUGGCCUUAGUGGGUAAUAAAGCUGAUCUUCAUGAGCAGCGAGAAGUGCCUGUUCAGGACGGCAUUGAGUAUGCGGAGAAGAAUGGAAUGUUCUUUAUCGAGACCUCUGCGAAGACAGCAGAUAAUAUAAAUGAAUUGUUUGAGGAAAUUGCCAAAAGACUGCCUCGUCCAUCCACUAAUUGAAUUACCCGGAACUGUACUGAAAGACAUGCUUUGUCUUUGGGACCUUCUAAGUUCAAUAAUAUGAGUUGUGUAAAGUAUGAUUAUGCUCUUCUCUGGUUUCAUAUACAUUGUGUUGAGUUCAGUUAAAGCAGUACGAUCACGAACAAAUUAUACAUUAGAUUGUAGUACGCUGAAUCUCGUGAGACCCUCAAAUGUUUUUUUUUUUUUUUAAGGUGCUGAGAUUGUAAAAGUGGGGCACAAUAUAGCAGUUACGUGAGAAAAUAAUACAAGAUUUUUGUCA